UAAAAUGUUCACCGCGGCUGUUCUCAGACCGGCCGUGCGCCCCGUGCGAUGCUGGGCAGCGAUGCUGGACGGUACUUCGCGCAGGCUUAAGUCAGGCACCGACGGAUUAAAUUUACAAACAGCGGGCACAGAUGGAGUUAAAUUAAAGACCAUUGACGAUUUGCCCGGACCAAGCUUGGCUACUACUGUCUACUGGCUAUUCGUGAAGGGGUAUGCGGACAAGAGCCACGCGAUGCAGGUCGAGCACCGGCGGCUGUACGGCCCGAUCUGGCGGUCGCGGUUCGGUCCCUUUGACGUGGUGAACGUGGCGACGGCGGAGCUCAUCGCGCAGGUCAUCCGGCAAGAAGGGCGGUACCCGUACCGGACCGACCUGCCGCACUGGAAAGAGUACAGAGACCUGCGAGGACAGAGCUACGGACUUCAUGUGGCUAAGGGCGAAGAGUGGUACCGUAUGCGCAGCGCCCUGAACCCCAAGAUGCUGAAGCUGCAGGAGGUGUCCGCCUUCGCCCCUGUGAUUCACCAGGUGGUCGACGACCUGCUGCGCCGUGUGGAGCGUCUGCGUCUGCGCAGCAGCGACCGGGCCACCGUCUGCGACCUCACCGGGGAGCUCUACAAGUUCGGAUUUGAAAGCGUUUGCUCCAUCCUGUUUGAGACGAGGCUGGGCUGCCUGGAGGACGAGAUCCCGCCGGACACCCUCCGCUUUAUCGCCGCGGCGGGGAACAUGCUGCGGCUGUCCGAGCCGGUCCUCUUUUUCCCCCGCUGGACCCGCGGCAUCUUCCCCUUCUGGACCCAGUUCGUCAGCGCCUGGGAUGACCUCUACGGCGUGGCCCAGCAACUAAUUGACGCAAAAGUUGAGGAGAUCAACGACAUGGUGAAGCGCGGGGAGGAGGUGAAGGGGAUGUACCUGACCUACCUGCUGUUCAGUGGCAAGCUGUCUCUGGGAGAGGUGUACAUCACCCUCACUGAGCUGCUCCUGGGUGGGGUUGACACGACAUCCAACACCCUGUCUUGGACGCUGUACCACCUGGCCUGGGACCAGGCGAUUCAGGAGCGGCUGUACCAGGAAGUCACCUCUGUGUGCCCAGGACAGAGGCUUCCCACCACAGAGGACCUGACCAAGAUGCCUUACCUGAAGGCCAUAAUUAAGGAAAUCCUCAGGAUGUACCCGGUGGUUCCUGGGAAUGGGCGCCUCACAGUGGAGAACGAGGUGGUUGUAGACAACUACUGGUUCCCCAAGCAGACACAGUUCCACCUGUGCCACUAUGCUGCAAGUCACGAUGAGGCGGAGUUUCCCGAGCCGGAACGCUUUUUCCCCGACCGCUGGCUGAGGGGGACUCCGACACAGUCCCAGCACCACCCUUACAGCUCCAUCCCGUUUGGGAUAGGGGUUCGAGCCUGCGUGGGCAAACGAGUAGCCGAGCUGGAGAUGUAUUUUGUUCUGUCCCGGCUGAUGCAGCAUUACGAGGUCCACCCAGAGGAGGGGGCGCCGCCCAUAGAGCCCAAGACUCGGACUCUCCUCAUCCCCUCCAAGCAGAUAAACCUGCGCUUCCUCCCCCGAGCCUGAAGUUGGCGCCAGAGAGAGGGCAGCCAGUCAGACUGCCUCGGACACUGUUGCAUGUUGGGUUCGUUCGGACCAGGGAUGUAUGAAGUGGACAGUGACAGCUUUGAUGGCCUUUGACUCAUGAAUGUUGUGUCCCCUCCCUCUAAGACCCCAAUAAGCACAUGAUGCCUGCAGGAGAAAUGGAGAGGUAACCAGGAAUGUGUUUGUUGCGGGGACUGGAAACUCAGCGCUUCCAGACAACUCAGCUUUGCUUGCUAGACCUGUGAGAUGAGAAUCUGAAAUGAGAGCCUUUCCUUUUUAUAUCUGAUAAGCAUAAAUAUUAUUGUAGGUCUCUUUGGAAUGGCAGCAGAGAAUAUGUAAUAGGCAAGCGUGAGCAACAUCAUAUGUUAAGUAGCCGCAUGGUCUGAAUGAUUACAACUGUGAAUUAACUGUAAAGAGAAG